AUUGCUGGAAUGCUGAACCUAAACAGAAGAACCUAGUAAAACAUCACUGGCUGAGCAGAGUCUUCCAAGAGAGCGAACCACAAUGUGAAGGGUGCUCCGCAGCUAGGAUUUGUACACCCCGGAUGCUCAAAGGCUAAUGCACCGACCAAGGGCCACUACUUAACCAAUUUACUACAAUUCCAUUCUGUUGGCUGCAUGGCAUCAUAUUAUUGCAGAACACUGUGCUGAUAACUUCAAACUCAUUUCACAUCACUGAAAUAUUUCUGUAGAGGAAUAGAUUUCACUGAGAAACAGAGAAUUAUCAAGCACCCCUGAACCAUAAUGUCUUAUGUCUAUCAAUUCAAACCCUGCUUGACUCACUAAUGUUUUUUCACCUCAUCAAGAAUCUGUCUCUUUAUACCAAUAAUCACUCAUCUUUGGAUAUUUGUUUCCUAUCUCAAGAUUGAUAGGAAGGGGCUGCUUUUAAAAAUCAUUUAUAUGUAGUGUAGCGGUGGAUUUAAAAUAUUGCCUAGGUCCCUUUGAGCCUUUUUACUAACCUAAUGCAUCUCUCUCUGAACGUUGUUUCUCUCACAACUGCCAGGCCAUGGCCCUAGGCUUCUAAAGCAUUUGGCACCCUCCUUUUAUCCUAAAUAAAAUAAGAUCUCUGGCUCUGGUAUUCCUUGAAAGUAAUAAUCCAGAUUAAUUCAAGCUUCUGUAACAGUGUGGAAACAGUUUCCUAUUCAACCUGCAACUAAAUCUAGGACUUCCCCCACAGAAAAUACACACACAUAUACACACCACACACACAGAGUACGUAGAAUGCCUUGAAGAAACUGUAGCUAACCACCUUAUUAGUAUUCCUCCCUCCUCUGUGUUUCACUUGCAGCAACAGAGGGCUGAGCAAAAUGCAGUAGAACAGGGACAGAGACAGAGCUGGCAAUCAUCUCAAUGCAGGCUGCUGAAUGUAGGGGGUGGGGGGAUGCAGCAAAGCAAGAUUAAUAACCUUGCCAUAAUCCUGUGCACUCUGGAAGGAGAUACCUCUGGUGACGGAGCCAUUCUUGUCUUGAUUAAUUGGACUGAGUGAGUGAGUGGCUGGCAAUCCACCUGGUUUGGAGGGGACCCCCGGGUUUUGCUGUUCUUUGAAUCCUCUACCCAUCUGAGAAGGUAACAGUGAGACAUACCAUCUGCAGCACACACAGCAGCUAUUGGACGCUACUACUGACAGUUUGCACUACAGUUUUUGGUGAGCAAGAAGCCAGGUAUAGUGUACAGUGGAGAUUAAUAUACCCAGGGCACUCAAUUUCACAGUCUGGUCCCUCAGCCACCUCCCCCCACCAAACACCCUUUUCCAAUUGUCUUUGAGUUCUGGGCUCACUUUUGACAUAGUCUUUUGGACACAUUUUGCUGGGGAUGGAAGAUCAGUAAAUGGAACCUUUGAAAACUAAUCAUUUUGCUCCUAUGUGACUUGAAAAAAAUAAACAGAAAAAGAAGAAUCCAAGUCCAUCUGGAGGAAUUUUUAAUUUCCUUUGGAGAAGUUUUAGGAGGGACCAUCCAAAAGAAAUGAAUUUCUCUCUUGCAAGAAUUCAAGAUAGUUUAUUGAUGUGGGAGCCAAACAAGCUGACAUUUGAUUGGAUAGUCUGAACAUCAAGUCACCAGGGGAGCAGGAAUGGCUGUGAAAUUUGUUGCUAGGAAAUAUCCUAACAACAUGACUUGCCAAUGAGAAAGGAAGUGGAAUCCACUUUAGCAAAGAAGAGAAUUGUCCAAUGAAUGACCAACUACAGGUGUUGAUGCCCUCUUCAUUACCAGAAAUCCUUCUCUUACGAGGCAGCUCUUCCCUAGAUCUUGAAGAUCGGAUCAGAUUUGUUAAGAUGCUAGACUAGUCUAAGUGGUUCCAAGCCUACUGGUUUCACAACAGAGCUAGAAAAACUUGCUUCCACAGUCCUUUGCUUGGGCAGGCCCUGAACUUCAUCCACAAUGAAUCACUCUGUUGUUUCCUCUUGGGGCAAAGGCAACUCCCAGGAAACUUUAUACUUAAAAGAGCAGAAUGACAACCAAAGAACUGCAUUCUUCAAUACUAACUGCACCGAUCAGGGGGCAAGGCUACAGUAUGCACAACUUUUCAAUCAGCGGAGGUGACCAAAGAAUCCACUGACAAGCUACAGACGAUUCAAACUCCAGAAGGACCAACACCAAAUAAAUUAUGAAUGUUGAACAAGAUGACCUUACAUCCACAGCAGAUAAUGAUAGGUCCUAGGUUUAACAGGGCCCUAUUUGACCCCCUGCUUGUGGUGCUACUGGCUCUUCAACUUCUUGUGGUGGCUGGUCUAGUCAGGGCUCAAACUUGCCCUUCUGUCUGCUCCUGCAGCAACCAGUUCAGCAAAGUGAUUUGUGUGCGGAAGAAUCUGAGAGAGGUUCCAGACGGCAUCUCCACCAACACACGGUUAUUGAAUCUCCAUGAAAACCAGAUCCAAAUAAUUAAGGUGAAUAGCUUCAAACAUUUGAGACACCUGGAAAUCUUGCAGCUGAGUAGAAAUCACAUUAGAACCAUUGAAAUAGGGGCCUUCAAUGGUCUGGCCAAUCUCAACACUCUGGAACUUUUUGACAAUCGUCUUACCACCAUCCCUAAUGGGGCUUUUGUAUACCUGUCAAAAUUGAAGGAGCUUUGGUUGAGAAACAAUCCUAUUGAAAGCAUCCCUUCUUAUGCUUUUAACAGAAUCCCUUCCCUACGUAGGUUGGAUUUGGGGGAACUAAAAAGGCUUUCAUACAUCUCAGAAGGUGCCUUUGAAGGUCUAUCCAAUUUGAGGUAUUUGAACCUUGCUAUGUGCAACCUUCGAGAGAUCCCUAACCUCACACCACUCAUAAAACUGGAUGAGUUAGAUCUUUCUGGGAACCAUCUGACAGCCAUCAGGCCAGGGUCCUUCCAAGGGUUAAUGCAUCUUCAAAAAUUGUGGAUGAUACAGUCCCAGAUUCAAGUGAUUGAAAGGAAUGCCUUUGAUAACCUUCAGUCACUGGUGGAAAUCAACCUGGCACACAACAACCUAACACUACUGCCUCACGAUCUCUUCACACCACUCCACCUAGAAAGGAUCCACCUGCACCACAAUCCUUGGAAUUGCAACUGUGACAUUCUUUGGCUCAGCUGGUGGAUUAAGGACAAAGCACCCUCCAAUACUGCAUGCUGUGCUCGCUGCAACACACCUCCCAAUUUGAAAGGAAGGUACAUCGGUGAGCUGGACCUGAAUUAUUUCACGUGUUAUGCUCCGGUGAUAGUGGAGCCACCAGCAGACCUCAACGUCACAGAAGGCAUGGCUGCAGAACUGAAAUGCCGAGCAUCGACCUCCCUGACCUCUGUAUCUUGGAUUACUCCAAAUGGAUCGGUUAUGACGCAUGGGGCAUACAGAGUUCGGAUUGCUGUGCUCAGUGAUGGCACAUUAAAUUUUACAAAGGUGACCGUGCAAGACACGGGCUUGUAUACCUGCAUGGUGAGUAACUCUGUUGGGAAUACUACAGCUUCUGCCACACUGAACGUCACUGCACUGGACAAUGGUUACACAUACUUUUCAACUGUCACGGUAGAGACUAUGGAACCUUCUCAGGAUGAGGCACGGACCACAGAGCAGAUUGGGCCCACACCAGUUAUUGACUGGGAGACCACCAAUGUGACAACUUCUCUUACUCCACAGAGCACAAGGUCGACAGAGAAAACAUUUACCAUCCCAGUGACAGAUGCAAGCAAUGGGAUCCCAGGAAUAGAUGAGGUUAUGAAGACUACCAAAAUCAUAAUUGGUUGUUUUGUGGCUAUCACUCUCAUGGCUGCUGUGAUGCUGGUAAUAUUCUACAAAAUGAGGAAACAGCAUCACCGGCAGAACCACCAUGCUCCAACACGGACUGUAGAGAUCAUUAACGUGGAUGAUGAGCUUACAGGUGAUACACCCAUAGAGAGUCACUUGCCCAUGCCGGCGAUAGAGCAUGAGCACCUAAAUCAUUAUAACUCUUAUAAGUCUCCUUUCAACCACACAACAACAGUUAACACAAUAAAUUCAAUACACAGUUCAGUGCAUGAACCGUUAUUGAUCCGAAUGAACUCAAAAGACAAUGUACAAGAGACUCAGAUCUAAAAUAUUUACAAAAUUGGGGGGAGGGGAAAUACAAAAAAGACGGUUUAUAAAACAAAUGACACAAAUGACUGGGCUAAAUCUACUGUUUCAAAAAAAGUGUCUUUACAAAAAAAAGAAAUUUAUUUAUUAAAAAUUCUAUUGUGAUCUAAAGCAGACAAAAUUAUGUGUAUUCCUCAAAACCUCUUUUUGCUGCACUUAUUUACCCCUCUUCCUCCUUUCUCCCUCCCCUACCUGCCCCAACCCCAUUUGCCAUAUUUUUCAUAGGAGAUCUUGAUUCCCUAAAAGAACUGGUAUAGGAAAUUUUAUAAGAAUUCUGUCAUACUUUGGGAAUUUUUAUGGUGAACUCUAGUGGUGAGAUUCAGUCGAUUUUGUCCUUUUUUCUGUUUUAUUUUUUCUUUUCUCAUACCCUUCUUGAAAUGGUUCUACAGGGAAUGGAGCAUUAGCAGUAGAUUUGUAAGUGAGAAACAAGGAACAAGCAACAACAACAACAAAAAAGCAAAGUCUUUUUUUUAUUUUUCAUGUAAUGACCUGUUCUGUAUUUACCAAGAGGACCAUUCUGUGGAAGAAGAAACAAAAAUCUAAGAAAUUAAUUUACUUGUGAACAUCUACAAAAACCACGAUCUUUUAAACAAUUCUAGAACCAGAAUUUGUAGUUCAAACACUAAAAUAAGAUUAUAAAUAAAAUAUUGUUGUUUUUUUCUGUACUCGGAUACAGCUUAUUUUCAGUGUGGCUUUAAAAAGUUAAAAGUUUGUUAGAAAUUUUACAGUAUUCUGCUGUGAUGGUCUAAAACACAACAGCUUAAGAGUAUUACUGCUGCAUUUAGAUCAUUACUGAAGAAUAGCAUUGUUUUUAUUUUAGUAUAUAUAACAGCGUACUAGAUAAUAAAAAUACCUGACUUUUAAUGCAAAA